AGGAUCGAUCAUGGACCACAUGCCCAGUGCAGUCAUAUGAGUGAGAGAUUAUCAUUCCCGAAUAGCCCGUCUGUCCACAGUCUUUGACAGGUGUUUAAGUUUUAAGGAACCAAAAUCACACCGGCCUAACUCUGUUCAAUAGGAGAGGUGCCUCUUGAACAUAAAAUGCUUUGUUUUCUACAUCUAGAAUCGCUCGAUUUUAAGAGCAUAGGCCUAUUGCUCUCCCUCGUCGUUUUCCUGGUUAUUGCCGACUAUUUCAAGACUCGAAAACCUCCAAACUAUCCACCUGGGCCAUUUGCGCUACCCUUCGUUGGAAACAUGUUUAGCUUCGACGCCAAGCAACCGCAUCUUUACCUCAUGAAGUUGGCUGAGAUACAUGGAGACCUUUUUUCUGUGAGUCUGGGUGGACAGCAACCAGUGGUAGCCAAUGGCUACAAGAUGGUGAAAGAGGCUCUCGUGGUCCAGGGUGACGUCUUUGUCGAUCGCCCUUCAGGCCCAACGUCUGAAAGGCUCUACCCACACAAUGCGGGGCUUGUCUUGAGCAGUGGACCAACGUGGAAGAGGCAUCGUCGGUUCACCAUGACCACCCUGAGAAACUUUGGCCUGGGGAAGACACUGAUGGAGAAUGCCAUCUGUGAGGAGAUCAGGUACCUGCAGGAGGAAAUGGAGACACAGACAGGUGACCCCUUUGACCCAAAGGUGCUUUUCAAAAAUGCAGCGUCAAAUAUCAUUUGUCAGUUGGUAUUUGCACGUCGGUCUGACUAUUCUGACGAUACAUCCCCGAAGGUUGUUCAGAAGUUGGUUGAAGCUCUGUACCUACAGAGAACAGUAUGGGGACUGCUGUACGAGUUAUUCCCUGGCAUCAUGAAACACAUGCCGGGGCCACACAACACCAUUUUCAGCAACUAUCUGGAUGUCGAGGAUUUCAUAAGGAAGGAGGUGGAGAGACAUAAGGAGGAUUUUGACCCCAACAACCCCAGAGACUAUAUUGAUGCCUACAUCACAGAGAUGCAGAGUGGUUCCAGUGACACUGAGGGUUUCACAGAGUCCAAUCUGGUUCUGAACUCACUGGAUCUGUUCCUUGCUGGCACGGAAACUACCGCCACCGCCCUGCUCUGGUCUCUGGUUCUCCUUAUCAAACAUCCAGAAGUGCAGAAAAAGGUGCAAUCUGAAAUCGACACUGUGAUUGGUCAGUCACGACCACCUAGCAUGGUGGACAAGGCCAACAUGCCCUACACUGAAGCUGUUAUCCACGAGAUCAUGAGAAUCGCGGACAUUGUACCAAUCAACGUGCCUCGGGUGGCGGGGAGGGACACGACACUUGGAGGAUACUUCAUACCCAAGGGCACACCACUUUGGACCAAUCUGUCGUCUGUGAUGUUUGAUAAGACGGAGUGGGAAACGCCAGAGGAAUUCAACCCUGGUCACUUCCUGGACUCUGAGGGAAAAUUCAGAAGACGUGAUGCCUUCCUGCCCUUCUCCGCAGGCAAGAGGGUCUGUCUGGGGGAGCAGCUGGCCAGGAUGGAGCUCUUCUUGUUCUUCGUGGGCCUUCUUCAGAAGUUCAGCUUCUCCACAGAGGAGGGAGUGGAGCUGAGUCUGGAGGGGGAAGUGGGAGCAGAGCGCACCCCUCUCCCGUUUAAAGUCUUCAUACACACACGCUAAGGGUGCAAGUCUCGGAAGGAAAGAAAACCAGAAAACAAGCUUGAAGUGUCUUUAAUAUAUACUGACAAAGGAGAAAUAGCAAGGGUUUUUCUCCAGUCGGUUCUCCUUUUCUUCUGCAUUGACUGAUAGACCGAAUCUAAAGCACUUACCUCCAAGCAUUUACACUACUAACACUACUACCUUGACUUGGAGUGGAAUGCUUUGCAUUCAGUGUAUCUGAUUUAAAAUAUAUUUUGAUGAACACAUUAAACCCCUCUUUUAACCUACAUGUACAUUUUAAGAGAAUUCUGCAUUUUAUGACUUUUAUGACCGUCCCUGUAUUCCCAUUUGCUCCUCAUGUGUACUAUAUUUUCUACCCUGGAAUAUAAUGUGGAACAAUAUUACAGCCAUACUUUUAUUUGUAGUGUACUGUACAUUGUUGCUGUAAAAGAUUUAUGUGUCGGUUUCACUAACAUUUCUAUCUUUCAGCUAGGCUGGGUGACAUAAGACUUGCAUUUCCUAAGACUUGCAUUUCAGAAUAAUUCUGUGCUGUUACUUGUGAAGCUGUAAAGGUCUGGGGAGAGUGUUAUCCUAAACUGCGUUGUUGGCUCGGGAGUGCUGAACUUGGACACUUGAAUGAUGUUGAACUUUGCCCCCCCUACAUUCCAGCCACCUUUGCAUGACUCGGUAGAAUACAGGGUUUACACCACUGGUUCCCAAAGUACAGCCCAGGGGCCAAUGGCCAAAUGGACCAAUCAACACUUUGAGAGCCCCUGGCUUACAGAGUUGCGGUGGAAACAUUUGCAGUACUUAAGCACUGAUAACGUCUGUUUAUUGUCUCCACUCGAUUGUAGGUGUAUUAUUAAUUAUAAUUACUACACUGUCAUGUGAUUAGGCCAUAUCUUGCGUUGUGCAAUGUCAUUGUAUCUUCGUUGUAUCAUAUCUUCGUAUCUUGUAUCGCUGUGCAAUGUCAUUGUAUCCUCACUGUAUCAUAUCUUCAUUUUGUCAUAGUAUCAUUGUCAUUGUAUCAGGAUUGUAUCUUUAUUAACUGUUAACACACAUUAAUAAAGUUACAGUUAUAACCACCCUUAUCAACCUUUUAAAAGUGAUCAAUUCAACUUCUCCAUUUUAUAUACAGUAUAUUUUGCUACUCUCUCACAGGGAAAAUGCCAUUCCCUAUCAUUUGUUUUGAUGCCACCUCCAGCAUAAUUCUAGCCUGGCUGUCGCAACUGUGAAGCUAACAGCAUAAUCCCAAAAUCUCAAAAGCAAAGUUAAGGUGGAAUUAAUACAUGUCGACCUUAUUGGAGUCAAGUUUGUUUAAACCUUUCACUAAUACGUAUCAAUGUCUACAAAAUCCACUUGUAUUUAAGUCCAACCCAUUUCAUGUGUUUUUCUUGUCAUGACACAAUAGGUUUGAGAGGUCAGAGACGGGG